AUGUCCGAGCUCAACGCUCCAAAUGUGGAGAUCUCAGCCGAAGCUGAGAACUCUAAUAAUCACAACGAGAAGAAUGAAUCCAAGCCCAAAUCUAAACAGAUUCAAUUGACGUUCAAUGACUUCAAUCGUUUCAAACCAUCUGCGAAAACGUCAGAUAAUCAGCACAAUAAUGGUGGCCCAAACGCGGAGUUCAAUCGACGCCGAUCAACCAGAGUAGUCCCGAAACGACCAGUGGAAAUAGAGGAUGAUGAGCCUGUAAGGAGUAUACCGAGGAAGAAAAAACCGGCUUUGGCCAAACCCAAAGAAACAAACAUAAACCGGGAAGCAGUGCGGGAACGCGCUAGAAAACUACAGUCUAUUGGCAAUCCAGAAACUUUGUUGGCAGAGAAAAAUUGGUCGCCAAACGUGCCGUUACAAUCUGCAGAUUUCAAAAACCAGUUUAGCAUUGUCUCACGGUUCAGGUCUCCAAAUUUGAAAAAUCUGGUUUACGCGAAAGACGUUUUGCCCGUCUUAACGUUCGUCAAUAAAUUCAACACUUUUCUACCGCAAGAAUUAUGGUCUUUAUCGUUCCAAGAUUUUGAAUUGGGUCUAGAUCUAUACCCUGAUAAUGACAAGGACUUACCUCGUAAGCUAUAUCAGGACUAUAUGUCUAUCAAAGAAUUGGUGAGAUGCCAAGAUAAAAUGAACCUACUUUUCCUAUCGUUAUUGAAGCUGGCUCUGAACAACACCACUCCGACUACCAUGGAUUCAGUUAGAGAACACAAAGCGUAUGCAAAGUUUGUGGGUCUUUUGCGGGUCAACGCUUGGUCGUGGGGCUAUCCAUCGCAAUGGAAAGUGGAAGUUGGCACUUUGAAUACGAAAGUCUUUGAUACGGAUGAAACAGAGCCCGCUGAUCCUAAAGAACCAGAAAUAUUGGUGCCCAAUAUUAUUGCAUGGCCCCAGCAAUACGCUAUCGAGAAUGAUCCCCUACUGAACCAAGAUCUGGAAAAACGCGGGAUCUUGGCUUUGGCGCCAAAAGACAGAGCAAUCCUCUUAAAAUCUCUUGUCCAGUGGGUACUUGCUCAGUCGGACAAAAUACAUCAAGAAAUUUACCGCUUAUCACAUCUUAAAAGAGAUGAGCCUUAUGGGGUUCCAACUUACCACGUUUCAAGUCUAUUGGCAGAUGGAGAGGUGGCCACGAAGGCUCGCUUCAUGCGGGUUUGCGACCUUGUCCAGGCAAGAUUGGAGAUCAAGAGCGGAAGAAAGCAUGUCAAAAAGCAAUUGCAAAAUGGAAAGCGUAACGACUUGUCCGAAAAACUAAAAAUCAUUUCAAACAUUCAGCGUGAUAGAGAUAUAGUUUCUGUUGAAGAAAAUGACGAUGAACCUAAGCCACCAGUGGAUCUUUUCGAUGAAGAGUAUAAAAAAUGGUGUGAAGUUCUUGAAGGCGAAAUUCCUGAUCAUCCCCUGUCUUCGCCAUACUGCGAUGACAUCUUCAAAAUGAGGUCAUUGGAGUUUUUCAUCGGCAGAGUUCCGCACGUUGGUGAUUUUUACCUUCCACGGUUACACACAUACCAGAAGGCAGAGAAGGUUAAGAUUCCAACUACAUACACCGACUUCAAGACUUUGAAAGAUACACUUGAAUCUUUCUCCAACAAAGAGAUGGAUGCAUUGACGCUGUUCAGCGGGAACGGUAAGCUCAUGAGCACUCAAUUCAAAGUACUUUACCAUGACUCUCCAAGCAUGAUUAGAGACGUGGCCAGUCAGGUAGAUAUUUCGGAGAAGAGUUACUGGUACGAGCUAUGUCAUGACUGUGCUACUCUACGUGAGUUCAUAGAACUUUUGGAUUACAAAGUAAGUGUGAAUGAAACUGCAGGAAACGAGCCCGCCAAUAAGGGCAUAAUGAACAAGAACCCCUUGCCCAAGGAAUCGAAAUUCAACGCCUCUCGUGAAGCACUGAGAUGGAUGAAAGAGUACCUUGUAAAGCUUCUUCCUUUUCUCGAGACCUAUGAAGAACUCUACGCAAAUUACGAUGAUAUGGAAGCUAAUAUAAGGACUCUACGAAGAUCGCAAAGGAACCGAAAUCCCCAAUCCCGAGAUGACGAUGAGGCAGGCGAUUUUUCAGGCAGCGAGCCGCCGGUUGCGAACGGUCAAGAACGACCGGUAGAGGACUCUGCUUCUGAAGACUACGACGAUUUACUUGACGAACAAGCGCAUGAUGAAGCUGAAGACGACAAUGCUGAGGACGACGAGACUUUUACUCUCAGCGGCUACAGAUCGACCCGGAACGCGCCAAGAACGAAAACCAGAAAUGGCGGCGGAAAAGUUCCUACUGAAGAAAUUGCCAGUACCAGAGAAAGCGCCAUCAAAGGCAGCAGCCGAGGUAAAAUUGCGGGCCGUGGCAGAGGAAAAGGCAGAGGGAGGGGGAGAGGUAGAAGCUCGUCUUAA